AUGACCGGAAAGCUGACACUCCACAAGUCACCAAAGCGCAAACGCGAUGGCAUAGACUACCAGCAAAGGACUACUUCAUCGUCCCCUGCUUCUUCCCAUACGUCGAUCAGUGUAAAGGAUGGUGGUCAUCUUUCCGAUGAAUAUAGCCCCGCUGUUGGGGGAAAUAGCCCCCAAAUCUCCGUAGUGGGAGAGCUGGGAGAACUUGACCUCCACGGAACUUCGAGUCAUAGAUUUGUUGAAAGCACGGACAAUGGUGCUGCAGAUUACAAGCAGACGAUCAAUCAAGGGGAUGAAGCACCUUCUGAACAAGGUCUAAUGAACGUCGAUGCGUCACCGACAGUAACCUCGAUUACUACAAAGGAUACAGAGAAGAUAACCAGCGCAUUGCUAGGGGAUGGAGGCCUGCAAACUAUGAGCCCGGUUCCGGUGCCACAGCAAAAACCCAAACCCAACUCACAACAAAAGCCCAUGUCCCGUCGAAAAUCUCCUCCUCUUUCAAGCAACGAGGAUCAGAAUCCGCUGACAUGGCACGACUCGGAAAUAACAGGAUAUGCGCCGACAGAUCCGAAUGAUGAUGGGUACGGAAUCAACGGAGUUGGUUUCAAGCCCACGGCUGCGGUCGCAUGGGAUAGAUCGCAGAGAAGACAAAAGCAAGUAGCAGAGUGGAAGAGCCGUGAAGCGAAGGAGGCGAGGGAGAGGCGGAAGUCACGACGUGAUGGGAAUCUCCUAAACGAACAUGCGGAAAACACAGGCCAUAACUACAAGAAGGUCAAAUUUGACAUAUCUACGGAGGAUUGA